AAAGUAGGGUAGGCCUAGUUUACAGCAUUUGUUGUGGGCAUUGGGUUGCCGCUGUAAACAACCGUUCGUGUCCGUAACACGCGGAAAGAAUUUAAAAUACAUUUCACUUCAAAAUAACGAUUACUUUAUAAUACUUGUAUCCUAGGCCUUCUAUUGAUUAUCGAACGAUGUCAAAUUCAUAUAUCACACACGUAAUCUUUGACGUAGAUGGCUUAAUUCUUGACACAGAACGGGUCUACACAGAAUGUCUAGAAGAAAUCUGUGGUGAGUUUGGCAAAACAUUUACAUGGGACCUCAAAGCAAAGCAAAUGGGAAUGAAAGAACGGGACUCUGCACAAUUAUGCAUUGAUACAUUACAGCUACCAUUGUCUGCUGAUGAAUAUCUGCUCAAGUUAAAAGAGAAACUGGCCCAGAAACUGCCUACUGCCCAGGUCCUGCCAGGUGCCAAGAAAUUAAUACACCAUCUCCACUCUCACAAGAUACCAAUAGCUGUGGCCACCGGGACAGACAGCUGGGGCUUUGCGCAGAGAGUAGCAGGUCACAAGGAGCUGUUUGAUUUGUUCCACCAUUGUGUUCUUAGCAGCAGUGACCCAGAUGUGAAGAGAGGCAAACCUGCACCAGAUUGUUUUCUGGUUUGUGCUGACAGAUUUGAUGAGAAGCCUCAGCUAGAUCAGGUGUUGGUGUUUGAAGAUGCUCCUAAUGGUGCUGAGGCCGCUGUUGCUGCAGGUAUGAAGGUCGUCUGGGUCCCUGACCCUAGGGCUGACAGGUCACAACUUCAAGGUCGUGUUCACCUCAUUUUAGAUUCAUUAGAACAGUUCAAGCCAGAGGACUACCACCUUCCUCCAUAUGAAAAUAGUUGAUGACUAAGGAAACAGGCUGUAUGAAAACAGUUGAGGAAAUGUGAAUGAAUUUAAGGAUGUGAAAAAGUUGUGGAUAGUGGAACUAGAAUGAAUUAUGAUUACAUUUGGAAACAACAGAAUCAAAGAAAAAAUUAUACACCAUUACAUUUGUAAGAGAUCAUGUCAACAUUAGUGUAAUAAAUUAAUGUAACUUCUACAGUAGCUUGAGCACAGAAAUUAGAAAUGUAUCCGUCGCUAUUCUGAGAUAAAACUCCUCAAGUAUCUGUUGUUUUAUAUAUAUUAUGAUUAUCAAAUUAUAACAUGUUUUACACAUGUAUUCAUAUUUAAAAUUGUGUGGUACUUCUUAUUUGGUAUAAAUGAUGUUUUUAAUUUAUUGUUAGUUUGCAUAAUCAGUAAUUUGGUGGAUCACAAUUUGAUGUUAUAAUUCCAAAGUUCCUUUAAAAAGGUUAUGUCUAUUUAAAUUUUAUUAUAUUAGCAAUCAGAAUAUUUAGAUAAACAUAAGCACACCAUUACCAAUAUCAUGAUCCAAUUAUACUUUGUUCACUUAGGGUAAUUGUCAAAGAUUAAUUAUAAUGUUAGAACUUUUAUUGUCCAUUUUGUUACAAAAUGUGUUUUUUUUUAUGCAACAGUACUCAGACAAUUCUGUCAUUAGAUUUUAUUUUUAACUCUUUAAUGAUUUGAUAUUUUAUAAUAAAUUACUACUCCCUUAUUUUUUAAAAUCAAAUUUUAAUCAACAUUUCACAUUAAAAUACAGAAAGGUAGUAAUACAAGUGAAUAAACUUCAUAUAGCACUCA